AUGGCUCCAACAGCUACCACAAUAGCUCCAAGUCCGACACCGGCACCGGCCCCGGCCCCCAGGCCUCAGAUCAACGGCCAACCACUCCGAUCGAAGGGCUACUUCGACACGAGGGCAACCAAAGAAAUGCAAGAGCAUCUGAAGAUACCAUCUCGCACGCUGCAAGAAACCCUGGCCUGCGCCUGUCGUCUUGUCGCGGCCAAGCAGGAGGAUGCUGGACUGGCCGGCCAGAUUACCGCCCGCUCCGCUCGCGGCGACGGUUUCUACUGGACGCUUCGAUUCGGACUGGGCUGGGAGGAGGCGCGGCCCGAGGACUUCAUCGAGGUCGAUGGGGAUCUCAACACGGUCACGGGCAGGGGAAUGCCCAAUCCCGCCACCCGCUUUCACCUCUGGGUGUAUGCGGCGCGGCCGGACGUGCAGAGCAUCAUCCACGUCCACUCGCUGUGGGUACAGAGUCUGGUCGCGGCGCGGCAGCCUCUUGUGGUGGCGCAGAUGGACAUGACGCCUUUCUAUGGCAAGUGUGGCUUUCUGGCGGACUGGCCCGGCGUGCCCAUCGCGGACCAGGAGGGCGUCAUCAUCAGCGAGGCGCUGGGGCCGGUCAAUCAUUCCAUCUUGCUCGCGCACCACGGCCUAUUGACUACGGGCAAGUCAAUACAGGAGGCGACGUACCUCUGUGUCUACUUGGAAAGAGCCGCCAGCAUCCAGGUUCGAGCGGCACCGUAUGGGCAUUUGAAGCCGGUGGAUAGUGAGCUUGCCACGGAGGCCGGGGCGUACUUACUGCAGGACAGGAUUGUGAACGCCACCUUUGAAUACUGGUGGCGCCAGACCCAGCCCAUCAGGCCGCUGUGGCUCUGA